AUGGCUCUAUGUCGACAAAAUUUAGAGUUGUGCAAAAAACAAAAAAGAGAUAUAAUACAAAGGUUCCAAAACAAAGCACUUUUUGAAGCAGUUAACGCCUACUGGUAUGUGCAAAAUGCUGAUAUUUAUCGUAAUCUUCAAAUACCUACUGUGAAUCAUUUGAAAAGUGUACAGCCACAAGAUCUGUUCACUCAGCUCAAGGCACAUUGGCCGACAGACCAACUUCCACAAGUAAAUUUAAAUAAGUUUUUCUACGAUUGGACUGAGAAAGUAGGCUAUCCUUACAUAUUCGUACGCUUUGAAUAUAACGGAGAUAGCAUUUAUAUAGAACAACACCGUUUCUUAUUCGAUCCCAUAGAAGGAAGCAAUCCAAACCUUUAUUACACAAUACCUAUAACCUUCACUACUGAUAAACAAAAAAAUUUUAAUGACUUAAAACCGAAAUUUUAUAUGGACAAUUCCGGAAUCAGCUUUUUGCAACAGCUUGAGGAGAAUGCUGAGUGGAUUAUUUUCAAUUUACAGCAAUCUAACUACUACCGGGUGCUCUAUGAUGAGAAAAUACUGACCAAUAUCAGAAAAGCACUUCUUCAGAAAAAUCAUAGUGACAUUCCCGUCAUCAAUCGUGCACAACUUGUGGAUGAUUUGUUUAAUUUUGCACGUAACGGAUCAGUUAGUUAUAAUAGAGUCUUUGAGUUCGUGGAAUAUUUGGCAUUUGAAACAGAAUAUUUACCUUGGUAUGCUGCCUUCUCCGGAUUUGAGCAUGUAACAAAGCGGUUACCAUUGAAGAGACAAAAAGAUUUUGGUGACUUUUUGGAAAAAAUCGCGAAAGCAGUUUACGAAAAAUUGUACUUUGAGAAUAAUAAUGAUACUGUACUUGAUGUUUAUAAUCGUAACAAAGUGAUAAAUUGGGUAUGCAAAUAUAGAAUAAGCGAUUGCAACGAGAAAGCGCAACAAGUAUUAAAUAACGUAUAUUCUACAAAAGUCAAGCCUUCACCUGAUUUCAGAGAGACACUCUACUGUAAUGCCAUACGCAAUGGUAUUUUCAUGAUGUAUUCAACUGUACAUGAUUUUUUUAAAAGUGAAGUUGUAAUUACUGAAAAAGAGUUAUUGGCUCGUGCGUUAGGAUGUACACGACACCAUUAUGAACUACAUUUUGCCCAUAUAUUACUCGACAUAAUACCAACUCAUUACAAAGUCAUGUCUUUAAAACCUUUGUAUAGAGAAAAUCCAGAAAAUGUAGGACCCGUUUUUAAUCUCAUAACAGAAAAUAUUGAAAAGUUAUCUGAAGCACUUGGAGAAUGGUCAGAUGCGGCUAAUAUAGUUAAUGAUAUAGCAGACUACUUGACUACCAAAGAUCAACAAACACAAUUGGAAACUUUUGUUAAGGAGAAAGGAGAACUUUUUGGAACUUCAAAAGCUACUUUAGAUAGAGCAGUAAUCAAAGUUUCCAACAAUUUAGUGUGGGCCGAGAAUAAUCUCGGUACACUGUACACUUAUUUCGACAAAGGAAAUAGUGCUACAAUAAAUCAAAUGACGGCAACCUUAAUUUUUUGCCUCAGUAUUUUUUAUUAUUUUGUAACAAGACGAAACUAA